UGGCACCUGUUGCUGCUUCAUCAUUCGCGCUGGUCUUUUUUUGUUUUUGUUUCUUUUAAAGGAUUUUAACGACAGAAUCGUCCACCUCACAUCAGGACCAUGUCGAAGGCUGAAAGUGACUCUAACUACAGUCGGUUCUAUUUUGAUAAUCCCAAAUCCAGAAUCCAGAGCAGCUUCGUGUCUUCUGGACCCAUGUUUGUCGUUUUGAUGGUGAUGAUGGUGACUUUGGUUGUUCUGAUAGUUUUGGGCAACGCACUGGUCAUUUUAGCCUUUAAAGUAGACAAGAGUUUGAGAAAACAGUGCAAUUACUACUUCCUCAAUUUGGCAAUAUGCGAUUUUCUUGUAGGGGCCUUCUGCAUCCCAGUCUACAUCCCAUAUAUCCUUACAGGCAGGUGGACACUGGGUCGAGGAUUGUGUAAGCUGUGGCUGGUUAUGGACUACCUGCUUUGUUCUGCAUCUGUCUUUAACAUUGUUCUUAUCAGCUAUGACCGCUUCCUGUCAGUCACCAGAGCAGUGAGUUACCGUGCGAGGCAGAGCAUGACUCAUCGAGCCAUAAUCAAGAUGAUUGCUGUCUGGCUACUGGCCUUUGUCCUGUACGGCCCAGCGAUCAUAUUCUGGGAGCUGGUGGUGGGCAGGAGCCGCGUGCCAAAGGACGAGUGCUUCGCGGAGUUCUAUUACUCUUGGUACUUCCUGCUGAGUGCCUCCAUGCUGGAGUUUUUCUCUCCUUUCAUCUCUGUGGCAUUCUUCUACCUCAGCAUUUACCUCAGCAUACGCAGGAGGAGGCUCCACAGCAGGGAGGCGCAGCCCCAACUUCAACUGAGCAAACCAGCCUGUGCCCAGGGGGAAGGUGUCCCCCUGUCCCACAACAUGGGGUUUGGGAUGAAACUGGCUGUGAGAGGCUCCAUUCACUCUCAGACCUCCUCUCCUAGUUUGGGUAAACUCGAUCCCUCCACCAGCAGGGCAGCCCAGCCCAGCCGUCUGUCCAGGGAUAAGAAAAUUGCUAAGUCCCUGGCUGUCAUAGUGAGUGUGUUUGCCAUCUGCUGGGCACCGUACACCCUACUGAUGAUCAUCCGUGCUGCCUGCAGAGGGCGGUGCAUCCAGCAUCACUGGUACGAGGUCACCUUCUGGCUCCUGUGGCUCAACUCUGCCAUUAACCCAUUCCUGUACCCACUUUGUCACAGCAGCUUCCGAAGGGCCUUCAGCAAGAUCCUGUGCCCGAAGCGACGCACAACUCCUGCAUCGUCUGUGUUUCGUGCUGGACGGUGAGGACGGGUUAACACGGAUGAAUGGUAAAUGUUUACAAUGUUCCAAACUAUGGAUUUAAAUAAUUAAAAAUGUAAAGCAUAAUUCCACAGUUUAAGAGCUCAGAUGAUUAACUGUGUACAGUAUCUUACUAUAAAGACCAUGUCAAAUAGUUUUUAGUUGUACUUUCCAAUGUUUGAAUGUAUAUGAAGAAAUAAUAAUCAUUAAUUGUCGAUCAGGUCAACCCUUUACAACUGAAGUAUGUAUUUAACAUACAUCAUAAGCAUAAUAUGCAUAAAGCAUAAUAUUUCCUGUACUGUGCUUUACUAACAUAAUAAUUCUUAAAAUGAAUAUAAUGAGGUUUAUAUAACCUGUCAGGAUGAGUUUAGUAGAGCUGUACUGUUUGGUAGGCAGGGAAAAAAAGUGAAACCAAUUCUGUCUGUUAGUAGCAUGCAGACAAAAUAAUAAAGAGAUGUGCCAGCUAUGUACUGUAUCUGUAUGUAAUGUUUAGAAAUGAAUUGUACUUCCAUUGUCCAACAGUGGGUUAUCUGGGUUGUGUGAUAUCUAUUCUGCAAAAAAUGAAAUGUAACUAGAAUAUUUGUCUGGAACGAGAUCCAUACAAGAGAGAGGGAAAAUCAUCAGUUACGCUAUCCUGUUUUUUAUGUGCUGUGUCUUGUAUUUAGAUAUUUUUGUCCUCUUCUUUUAAAAUGUUUUCUACUAUAAAUGUUCUGAAAGCACAGUGAUGAAAACACAAAGUGCCAUUACGUAUAACUGUAAAUAAAAUGAAAGGUCAAACGUUUAAUUUUAUCUAUUUUUGGUUUUGGUUAAUACAAUAGAUACCUUUUCCAUGUCUCUUCAUCCUUAAUAGAUUAAUCUAAGCAGUCAACCACAUGUGUUCAUGACUAUGGCAAUUCAUUUUUACUUUGACUGUUAUAACACUUAUGAUUGUGACAUUUUUACAGCUUGUAUUUGGCUUAACGUAAGCUAUUUUUACCAAAUAUUGCCAAAACACUAUUUUACUGUGGUCAGUGGGUGUAAUUAUAACAAUUAGCCACUAGAUGUCACCAUUUACCUUCACAACCUCCUCUGUGUGUGGAGUAUUAACUCUGCCUCAUCCUAGAUUCAUUCUCUAUGGUUGUUCAUGUUUUUACACAGCUUUCGGAGUUUGAAUCAUUAAUUACAUUAUUUUAUAAUUAAACUAUACUUUUGCACCUGGAUCAUGACUGUAACAAAUCAAUGUUACCUUACAAUAUUUGACGAAUAUAAUUCAAUGGAGCUCUUCAUACAUUUACAUCCAGUGAGUCAUUUUAUCGCCAGGUAGGGUCAAUUGUUCUUGCAAAACUUGGAAUAGUGAGAGUAUUGUAUUUCCUAUGAUUUAUCAAUGUUUUAAAAUGCUGUUAAGCUAUCAGUAUAUUGAGGUAGCUGUUCUUGUUAAAUUGACUCAUUAUCUAAAUGUUGUUCUCUAGACCUGGAAGAAAGUUAUGAUGUGAUUUAAGAAACAAACAAUACAUUAUGUGUUUAUUUAAAGUAAAGUAAAGUAAAU